AUGGCAUCGCUCAAUCUAUCCGCAAACGGACCUUCCAUAACAGCCAGCUACCAGAAGAUUGUCAACUCUGGUCCACCCUCGGGAGCAGCAGCGUCUUCACCGACAUACGGGCAAUGGGCGCUCUUCAGCGUACAGGCGCCGCUCGUCAGUGCCUUCCAGGCCGAGUCUGGUAAAGAGAGUGUUCUCAAAGUCCAGACGACUGGCGAGGGCGAGCUACUGGACCUGAUCGAAGACUUCUCAGAUGGCCGCAUUCAGUUUGCCUUCGUCAAGGUCAAGGACCCGAACACAACUCUCCCGAAGAGUGUGUUGAUUGCGUGGUGUGGAGAGGGAGUGCCAGAAAGGACGAAGGGCUACUUCACCAGCCAUUUGAACGCAGUCUCGAAAGUGCUCCACGGCUAUCACGUACAGGUGACCGCGCGAUCGGACAGGGAUCUCACGCCUGAGAUGAUAGUCCAAAAGGUGGCCGAUGCCUCGGGCUCAAAGUACAGCGGAGGAGGAAAUGUUCCAGCAUCAUCUGGUGCAUCUGGCCCUCCCCCUCCGGUCGCCUCGAAACCCACCAUGCCAACAAAGAGCUUCGGAGCUUCAGGUGGCUUCCAAGCUCUAGGCUCUCGGUCAAGGGCGCCGCAAUCUAGUGCACCCGUGGAUUCAGACGGAUGGGGAGAAGAUGCACCAGAGGUAACACGAUCACAGCUUGAAAAGGUGGCACCGGCGUAUCAGCCCACAAAGGUCAACAUGGGUCAACUGCAGUCACAGAAUGAGCCCUCGAGAUAUCAACCACCACAGCAAUCAAGCAAUGGCAACCCUGACGUCGUCAAGGGUGGCUACCAGCCUGUAGGAAAGGUGGACAUCAAUGCUUUGAGACAGCAGGCACAAGAGCAGGGACAGAGCAAAGAUGAUCGACCGACGGUUGUGAAGGGUGCCUACGAGCCUGUCGGCAAAGUGGACAUUGCGGCAAUACGAUCACAAUCGCGAGCGGCACCUCCAGCUGCCGCGCCCAUGCCAUCGCAGCCUUCAGGUGGUGACGAGGAGCGGCCAAAGUCGCUCGCGGAUCGCUCUGCGGCUUUUUCGAGUGGCACGGGUAGCGAGCGCCUGACAUCGCUUCCGAAACCAGCAGUCGCCAACCGCUUCGGCUCGCAAGCAAACACAUUCGCUGGUACGCGCGCACCCCAGCCUAGUGGUUUCGAGUCGAAGCCUGCAGCACCUUCGGCCGCUCCUGUUGGAACAGCGAGCAAGACCUUUGCGGACGAGGGCGGCAAGACUCCGGCGCAGAUCUGGGCGGAGAAGAAAGCUCGUCAACGUGGCGAUAGCGGUGCAGCCGAGACGCAGCCUUCAGGCGGCUCCGGUGCGCCCGCUUCACCCAUUCAAAGUCAGCAGAGUGGGAGUUGGCAAAGCGGAUACGCUGGGAAGAAGUGGGGCGUCCAGAUUCCAAGCAAGACCGGUGGCAGUGCGGUGAGCGAGCAGAGGACGGGUGAGGAGCCACCAAGGGAGGAAGAACAAGAGCCAACUACGGGAGGUGUGGGUGCCAUCCGUGACCGGUUCAAGGAUGCAGCACCAAUGGGAGCGACUGCACCUGGAGCACCUUCUGCCCCUGAGCCUCCACCACUCGACACUUCGAGCAAGCCAAAUGCCGGUGCUCGUGGUGUCCCAAUUCCAGGUCUUCCGACAAGGCCACAGCAGGAAGACGUUCCGGAAGAAGAGCACCAGGACCUUCCACCUCCGCCACCUCGUCCGAUGCCACAAGACGAACCAGAAGAGGAGGACGAGGAGCCCAUGCCGCGCGGCUCGCCAAUCCGUGUCGCCAUGCCCGUCUCCCGCGAACCGGAGGCCGAGAUCGAGAAGCCCGAGCCUCUCCCACCGCGUGGCCUGCCAACUGAAUCUCUCCAGCAGACCAUCUCACAGCAUGAUGAGCCGGAGCCAGAAGAGCAGAUGCAAGAUGACGAUCCAGCGCGAAUGGCCGGCCAAGCAGCCGCCACAGCAAGCUUCGGCCAAACCGAGGACCCACGCAGCGCAGGUACAUCGGGUGGUCAAGAAGCCAUCGCCCAGUACGACUACGAGAAGGCUGAGGAGAACGAGCUGGAGCUCCGUGAUGGCGACCGCAUCACCAAUAUCGACAUGGUGGAUGAGGAUUGGUGGAUGGGCCAGAAUCCUCGUGGCGAGACCGGAUUAUUCCCAGCGAACUACGUGGAUAUCGUCGCCGGCUCUGGUGGUUCGGGUGGUGGUGCUGCCGCCGCGCCUCCGCCGCCGGCCCCUGCUCAACCUGAGCCAGAGCCAGAAGAGUCAGGGGGUGGAAAUGCCGGGCACACUGCUGUGGCGCAGUAUGACUACGAGGCGGGCGAGGAGAAUGAGCUGUCGUUCCCCGAUGGCGCGAAGAUUACAGAUAUUGAGUUCCCAGACGAGGACUGGUGGCUCGGCAGCUACGGUGGCAAGCGGGGUCUCUUCCCAGCCGCGUACUGCGAAUUAGACCGCUAA